AUCUUGGAUUCUGAACUUGAAGCAGUUCUUCAAGAUUAUAUGCUUCUUGAAACUUGGAAAGUAUCUGCAAUAAAUAGGACUGGCCAUGAGAAUUUGUAACGUUCCUUUGGAAAUACUGUGAUGGGGCCACUGAGAAGUUACCUUCCUGUGUACAGAUUGCAUUAAAAGCAUCCCCUUCAAGAAACUACAACUGUGUUUAUUCAAGCUUUGAAUUUGGAAGUCGUGCCGGGAUCCCUGCCACGGCACGCUUGAACCGUGAAACCCAGAGCCUAAUGAGCUGUGUGUGGGCCCUGUGCUUGGUGAUACCCCAUCUCAAGAUGCUGCUAAUACAGUAGCAAAUUAUUCCUAACUGAAGAAGUCUAGCAGAAGAAAAAGGAUCCAGGGAAAAACAAUGGCUGCCGCAGCCGAUGGUUUGGGAAGUAUAGCUAUAGAUACCACACAGCUUAACAUGUCAGUCACUGAUCCCACGGCUUGGGCUACAGCCAUGAAUAAUCUGGGGAUGGUUCCAGUAGGACUAGCAGGACAACAGCUCGUGACAGAUUCAAUCUGUGUACCAGGCUUUGAUCCAAGCCUUAGCAUGAUGACUGGAAUCACUCCGAUUAACCCAAUGAUACCAGGCAUGGGGUUAGUGCCACCACCACCACCAACAGAUGUGCCUGUAGUCAAAGAAAUAAUUCACUGCAAAAGCUGCACGCUCUUCCCUCCAAACCCAAAUCUUCCACCACCUUCAACAAGAGAGAGACCUCCUGGGUGUAAAACAGUGUUUGUUGGAGGAUUACCAGAAAACGCAACGGAGGAAAUUAUUCAGGAAGUCUUUGAGCAGUGUGGAGAUAUAACAGCAAUUCGGAAAAGCAAGAAGAAUUUUUGUCACAUUCGUUUUGCAGAGGAGUUCAUGGUUGAUAAAGCCAUUUACCUUUCUGGUUACCGCAUGAGAUUAGGAUCUAGCACAGACAAAAAGGAUUCAGGUCGCCUUCAUGUUGAUUUUGCUCAGGCAAGAGACGACUUUUAUGAAUGGGAAUGCAAACAAAGAAUGCUGGCCAGAGAAGAACGCCACAGACGCAAAAUGGAAGAAGACAGACUGCGCCCUCCGUCACCUCCGGCAAUAAUGCAUUAUUCUGAACACGAAGCUGCUUUGCUGGCUGAAAAAUUGAAAGACGACAGCAAGUUUUCCGAGGCCAUCACGGUGCUGCUCACCUGGAUCGAGCGGGGCGAGGUGAACCGCCGCUCCGCAAACCAGUUCUACUCCAUGGUGCAGUCGGCCAACAGCCACGUGCGCCGGCUCAUGAACGAAAAGGCGGCUCACGAGCAGGAGAUGGAGCAAGCCAAGGAGAGUUUCAAAAAUGCCUUAACGGGGAUCCUCACUCAAUUUGAGCAGAUUGUCGCCGUUUUCAACGCUUCUACCAGACAAAAAGCUUGGGACCAUUUCUCGAAAGCCCAGCGAAAGAACAUAGACAUUUGGCGAAAGCAUUCUGAGGAGCUCCGAAAUGCUCACAGUGAACAGCUCAUGGGAAUCCGCCGGGAAGAGGAGAUGGAAAUGUCCGAUGAUGAUAGUGGUGACAAUCCCAGUAAAAAGCUGAGAGUAGAUGAUUCAGCUCUGGCCGCCCAAGCAUAUGCGCUAAAGGAAGAGAACGACAGCCUUCGAUGGCAGCUGGAUGCUUAUAGGAAUGAAGUGGAGCUCCUGAAGCAGGAGAAAGGACAGCUCUUUCGAACAGAAGAAAGCCUUACAAAGGACCAGCAGCUGCAGUUCCUACAGCAGACAAUGCAAGGCAUGCAGCAGCAAUUGCUGAGCAUACAGGAAGAAUUAAAUAACAAAAAAUCCGAACUGGAGCAAGCAAAGGAGGAGCAAACGCAUACACAAGCGAUGCUUAAAGUCCUGCAGGAACAGUUAAAAAGCGCCAAGGAAUUAGCAGAAAUCAAUGGGCAUGAUGAAUCUCAAGCAAAUGAAAUCAAUGUAUUGACAGUAGCAUUGGUCAACCAGGACAGAGAAAAAAACUCAGAAAAACGAAGCCCUGGUCUAAAAUCAGAGAAAGAGGCACUUUUAAUAGGUAUCAUAUCCACAUUUCUUCACGUCCACCCUUUUGGAGCCAAUAUAGAAUAUCUUUGGUCUUAUAUGCAGCAGUUGGACUCUAGGAUCUCUGCAAAUGAGAUAGAAAUGCUUUUGAUGAGACUGCCACGCAUGUUUAAACAAGAAUUCACUGGUGUAGGAGCAACACUGGAAAAGAGGUGGAAGUUUUGUGCCUUUGAAGGAAUUAAAACUGUCUGA